GUCAACACUAGGCACCAAACCCCUCAUAUCUAACCCCUCAGAUCGAGAUAUCGACUUUUAACACCAAGCAUUUGGGCCUCUGCCUACGAGAAGCGAUCGGUAUCAAAUACUUCAUCUACGUUAUCAAACAUUUUAUGGCAAUACGCAAUAUCCGCCGUACGGGUAAUACUAGUACCAUUCUCAGUCGUGGCCGUACAAGCUCCUCUCCCGGUAGCCGAACCUUGAUUACCAUGGACGUUACUGAAGGCAUGUCUUCGGCGGUAUGGACCACUGUCUUAUGUCUUUUUGUCUGUGUGACCGCCGCUCGGCUUUGGUUCUAUGCGCCAGCGGGUUCCGGUACCGCACCGUCGUCUCCAGCGAAGCCUGCUUCAGAUUCUAUACGAGUCACGCAGCGAGGCGUCCAUCUCAAUCAAGUCUACAAGGACAAUGGAGACACCGACAUUGACAUCAUUGCUAUCCAUGGCCUCGACACGAAGUCGCCGGAUACGUGGACAUGGCUGGAUCGGCGGAAUCCCAACGUUCCCGUCAAUUGGCUAGCCGAUUUGCUCCGGUUCGACGUAGAAAAGGCACGUAUCUUUACAUUGGACUGGCCUGCCGACCUACUUCAACCGUCAGAUUUAAUCCCGAAGCAUGAUGGCGAGAUCGUUACGCUCCUAAUUGAUGGCAUCAACAGAGAACUCUUGGCAAAGAACAAGACAAGAGACAGACCGAUCCUCUUUAUCGCUUCUUGUCUUGGGGGGAUCAUCUUAAUGAGGGCUCUCACAACCGCCGCCGAUCAUGAAUGCACCACGAGCUGUUAUUGCCUCAGGAAAGCAACACGUGGCAUUAUCUUCCUCGCUACCCCGUUCCGAGGGACUUCGUUCCAAGAGGUAGCUCACUGGGCAGAUCCAGGUCUGACCGCAUGGGCAUUAAUCCGCGACCGAAAAGUGAGCAAGCUACUCGAUAGUGUGAAAGGAUCGACCUUUGAUCUUGAAGCACUCGUACGCAAGUUCACACGAGUCUGUCAGCAUCCGAACCGGCCCUUUCUAGUAUUCAACUUUUAUGAACUCGGAAUGACGAGUCUGUGGCGCAAGAUAUUCCCUUGGUUACCUACUUUGUUCUUCAAAGGAAAACCGCUGGUUGGGAGGUCCUCAGCAACACUAGACAUCGUCUUAGAGCCACUACCACUCGAUCGGACCCAUGGUCUGAUGAACAAGUUCGGCAGCCGUGACUGCAAAGAUUACCAGAAGGUUGCUGAAAAAAUUAAAGAGUUUAUUGGAGAGAUCCGUAAAGGAACGCCCCUCGCGCAAGCAGAUGCCUGGAUACGUGAGAAGUGCUAUACUGAGGAUAGGCUCAAGAUUGAGCGGCUCUCAGGCACGAAACUGCCGAUGGAUCAGUGUUACAUCAAUCUCUCCAUUAUAGAGCGGACCGGCGAAGAUAAAGACCGUUCGAAAAAGAAAUCAGAAGAAGAGUCGGUGUCGCAAUCUUCCCCGUUUUCACUCACCGCUCGAUUGAAAGUGGAAACGCCAAAUGCAACAAUUCAAGUCGAUUUACCAUCGCUCUUCAAGGAACGCGAAGAACCUGACGGUCGCAAGAUACAACCAAGACGAAUAUUGAUUCGAGGACGCGCUGGAGUAGGGAAGACUACUCUGUGUAAGAAGAUUGUCUAUUCGUUUAUGCGUGGCGAAUGGCCCAAAUGGACUGAAUUAUUCGACCGUGUACUCUGGGUACCUCUGCGGAAUCUGAAGCUGGAAGACAGACGCCGGGCUGAUUACCGCUUUACCGACCUCUUUAUUCAUGAAUAUUUCUCCAUGUCGAAUUGCAGAGAGGACCUUGCCCAAGCAUUAUACAACACAUUGCUCGAUGCACCGGAGAAGAGGAGCAGGACUUUAUUUCUCCUUGAUGGCCUAGACGAGGUAUCGCAAGGCUUGGGCGAAGGUGGUAUGUCUAGCUUCCUUGAUGUGUUGCUAGAUCAGCCGAACGUCAUCAUCACCUCCCGGCCGUACGGCAAGCCUCUGGCUGGUCUGGCUGGCCUGCAUCUCGAAUUGGAAACGAUCGGGUUCUAUCCAAACCAAGUGGAGGCUUAUAUCAACAAGGUUUUCACCGAAUACUCAGACACAGCUGUCCGCGUUCAGUCAUUCCUAAAAGCUCGCAGCCUUCUUCAAGGCCUUAUGCGGAUCCCAAUCCAGCUAGAUGCGCUUUGUUUCGCCUGGAAUGGAAGUAUUAAUUCCAGCUCGGAACUUAACACUAUGACGAAUGUUUAUCAAGCCAUCGAUCAAAGUCUAUGGAGAAAGGAUAUCCUACGGUUAGGCAAGAAGCACGACAACGAGCUAGUGGAAGCAGCUUACAUCCAAGAGUCUGGUUGGACCGAAAUUGAAAAUCUCGUUUCAACUGAGAUUUUGUUUCUAGAGAUCCUUGCUUUUACUGGGUUGCAGAAAGCUACAAUUGAAUUCGACUCAAGACAUAUCGACCAAAUAUUGCACCACUUUGCCGACAUCUUACCCGGUUUCUUACCCAGUAAGACCAUGCCGCACCUCUCCUUUCUCCGAACAUCAGAUUUCUUGAUGAAAACCAGCCACCGAACCUAUCACUUUCUACAUCUGACCUACCAAGAGUACUUUGCGGCUAGGUAUUUUGUACGGCAAUGGAAGGCUAACAAGCGCCUCCAAUACCUGGAACUCAAUGGUCAGAAGAAUGAAAAUACAACUCCCAUCGAGGUUAUCCAGUUUCUUCGCGAGAACAAAUACACAGUCCGUUACGACACCCUAUGGCGCUUUGUUGCCGGCUUGCUUGAUGCCGAGGGCAAGGCAGAGAAGUUCUUCCAAGCGAUCGAGGAUGAACCGCAUGAUUUGUUAGGUCCUACACACCAACGGCUGGUUAUGCAUUGUUUGAGCGAAGUGUCGACGGAGAUGUCACUGCGAAAGAGGCUGGAAGUCGAGCUAAAAAAGUGGCUACUUUUUGAAUACAAAUUCAGAGGCAAAACACGUCUAGCAAGCGAGGUGGAAUUUCCAGAGUCAGCUUUGUUGGACACCAUGCAGGAAGUAGGGAUCGAUGAAAAGAUCAGAAUUCUUGAGUCGCUAGGAGAAGGCGAAUCUACAGCUUGGAAGACGGAUAUCUUGCAUGCGUUGCAAGCCCAGUCCAGCUUAUCCGACAAGCUCCUUACGGCUGUAGUAGCACGUUUAGGAGACGAGAAUGGGGAUGUUAGAAAGGCUGCCUCAUAUGUCUUGAAAGCCCAGUCCAGCUUAUCCGACAAGCUCCUUACGGCUGUAAUAGCACGUCUAGAAGACGAGGACUGGAGUGUUAGAUGGGCUGCCUUACAUGUCUUGCAAGCCCAGUCCAGCUUAUCCGACGAGCUCUUUACGGCUGUAGUAGCACGUCUAGAAGACGAGGACUGGAGUGUUAGAGAGGCUGCCUUACGUGUCUUGCAAGCCCAGUCCAACUUAUCCGACGAGCUCCUUACGGCCCUAGCAUUGUUACUGGAAUCCGAACGUAAGUACUAG